GCAAAGAGUGACCUUAUCGUACGCGUGAGAUUCUACUGUUGUUUGUCCUAAAGUUUUGUCGUAAUUCCUAGGUUGACUAUGUCCUUAGAAGUACGAUUUAAGGUAUUGUCUGAGCCGGAAGAAAGAGGCAAUAGUAUUGUAACAGAUGUUUUAACGGAGGACGGAAGCGUGUUUCAGGUGUACACUUACGAUGAGAGGCACCUCGGUCGCUUACGAGCAGGGGCUUUCAUAGAAGGGACGUACUGCAGCAGAUACCGGACCGACCAAGGUCAGAACAUCAUUCGCCCUACUUCUAAGUCUCGUUUAUACAGAGGGUCAGAGUUUUCUCCGUCUGAAGAUGCACUGAAAGGAUAUUAUGAUGCACCAGUAGUGAGUCUAGGGGAUGCUGCCAAAAUGGAAAAGUAUCAACGUUUUUCGGUGAAGGGGACAGUUACAAAUGUGUCACCUGUGAAAAUCUCAGAUAAGUCAUCUCGACGUGAACUGGAGUUGUUGGAUACGAGCGACCGUCAAAGCAAAAUCAAAAUCAACUUGUGGAAAAACAAAGGUGGUGCUGAUGUGGCCAUACGGGAGAAUGAGAUCGUGACUAUCAAAAACAUCUACGUCAAAGAGUUCAAGCACGCUUUGUCGUUUAAUAGUACGCAGCACACUGAAGUAAAGUAUGAGAAAGCACCAGGUGCCUGCACAAUUGUCAUCCGGGCAUUUGCAGAAGAAGAAAAUGGUGUCCUGGAAUUGCUGACAAACCAAAAGAUGGCCUUUCACGUAGAGCCCGAAAAACUGCUAACAGCGCUGGGUAUAGCUGAUUUGGACGAACUGCAGCACCUGCUGCCGGUUUCUGUGAUAGUACACUAUGAAUUUGCAACUUUGAACAUCAACAAGGUUGAAUCAUGCGAACUGGAUGACGAGUAACCAGCCCCCGAGACAAGGAAGCUAUAUUGAUGUGGACCAGAAAUGUCAAAGUGUAUAUAAGAAGACCCAGGAACAUUUUUAUGUUGUGUUGUGAUUGCAUUAUUUUUACAGUGGAAGUGCAACAGUUUAUACUGACCAUAGAAAAGCAAGAUUUGUUUUCAGGUAGAAAACAAAGCUUGCUGUUAAACUAAGUGUCCGUACAGCUUUGAAAAAGAAACAUUCCUGUAAGAGACAUUUGUAUAUUUCAUUUUUUUUUAUUUUUGGGGUGUGUUUUUAUUUUGGAUGAGAGAAAAAAUCAAAUCAAAAAAUAUCAAAGAAAAAAUGUGAGAACAUUGACAGGUCACUGACAAGGAAGCACAGGGACAAAGAACCCUUCAUAGGGGUAAGAAUGUGUCAAAGGUAGUUUGUGUUUUGCAAUUACACAUUUUUUGUGUGUGGAAGUCCAAGUAGCUGAGUCAUUGUGGAUACAGUUUACACUUUGCACAGGAAAGCAAUGUUCUAUAGUAAGUGACCAUAAGGCUGGAAAAAAAGAAAUGCAUACCCAAAGAAUGUGUACAGAGACAGGGAGCUUUCACCAAGCAAGGAUGCAUGUUUGUUUUUGGUAAAAAAAAAAAAACGUUUAAUGAAAUGUACGCGAAAGGAAGUUUUUGAUUUUGUGAUAAUUUAUAUCCUUUCAAAUAAACAAAUAAAAUGUAAGCAUUAACAGAGCCAAACAAGCAUUUACAGGAACAAGGAAUCACUGAAAAAGAUAAGGAAGUAUUGUUUUUUGGGUAAAAAAACAAAAUAAAAGAAUGUACGAAGUCCUUUUUUUGGGGGGGGGGGGAGGAGCAAGCAGCUGAAUCAAUUUGCAUUCAGUUUACACUUGGCAUGGAACGAGAAAGUUUGUUGUUGU